AUGGUUGGUAAAAGAAAAGAAGUAGAAGAGGAAAGUGAUGACGAUGAAAUCAUUGUUUCUCAAGAUAUAAAGAGAAUAAAAACACAACAACAACAACAACAACAACAACAAAGAAGAAUAGUUCAACAAGAAGAAGAUUCAGAUGAAGAGUUUGAAGAUUCACAACCACAAUCUUCGUCAACAACAGCAAGAGCAACAAAAGCAGUACAUAAUGGAAACGGUCACAGUACCAAUGGAAAUGGACAUAGGACAAAGAGUGUAGAUUCUUCAGAAUCAGAAGAUGAAGAGAUGGAUGAAGAUGAAGAUGGAGUUGCAGGUGAAUCAGAGUUGGGUAUCAUUGAAAGUAUAUCGGUAGAGAAUUUCAUGUGUCAUCGUCAUUUUGAAAUAAAGUUUGGUCCCAAUGUUAACUUUAUCAGUGGAGAAAAUGGUAGUGGAAAGAGUGCUCUAUUGGUGGCAUUGAUCAUUUGUUUAGGUGCAAAGUCUGGUACCACUAAUCGUGGCCAUAAAUUGGCUGAUUUGGUUAAAAAUGAUGCAAAUCAAGCAAUCAUUACAGUAAAGUUAAGAAAUAAGGGACCAGAAGCACAUUUACCAGAAGAAUUUGGACCAUCGAUUAUUAUAGAAAGAAAGAUUAGUAGAUCUGGUGGUGGGGGUUAUAAAUUAAAGGAUCAUACAGGUAAAAAAGUAAUCUCUACAAAGUUUUCAGAUCUAGCUGUCAUUUUGGAAUUGUUCAACAUUCAAAUUGAAAACCCUAUGGCCAUUUUAAUGCAAGAUACAAGUAGAGAAUUUUUAAAUACUUCAAGACCUCAAGAUAAAUAUAAUUUAUUUUUAACAGCAACACAAUUAGAUCAAAUGAAAAAAGAUUAUUUAUUUAUAAAUGAUCAAAUCAAAGGAUCAGAACAAGAAUUGGAUAAAAAAGGAAUCAUUAUUAAAGAGAUGGAAAAGAAAGUUGAAGCAUUGAGUAAAGAGUUUAAAGAUUUACAAGCUGUUGUUGAUUUGGAACAAAAGGUUCAACACUUGAAAGAGCAAUUGGCAUGGUCCUAUGUGUUUGGUGUUGAACAAACUAUUGUCAAAAAAAAGGCUGCACUCGCCCAAAUCAUUCAAGAAAAGAAUAAUAUCCAAAAUGAAACGCAAGGUAUUGGGCAACAGAUCAAUGCAAUCACCAAUGACAUGGCCGAUAAAAGAAAAAAGAUUGAAGAACUUUCUUCAGAGAUUUCAAAAAAGCAAGAAGAGAAACAACAGGUCGAAGUUCAAUUAUUGGAAGUUGCAAAAGAGGAAAGUAGAUUUGUUGCAAGAUCAGACGACAAGAGAAAGCGUAUGAAUCAUCUCAAACAACGUAGAGAAAAUCAACAUCGAUCCAUUCAAGAAAUCAAGAGAAAAAAUGAAGCUCAACGUCGUAAUCAGAGUAAACAGAGUGAUGUCGAUCGUAAACGUCAACAAUUGGAGGAAUUGGAAAAAAAAUCAACCAUCAUCACACAAGAGAUAUCUGAAAUCAAGACAGAGGGUCAAAAAUUGCAAUCGAUACGUCAAGAAAAGCAAAUGGCAGUCUCCAAUGUACAAAACCAAGUCAGCAAGCUCGAAAAACAAUUGAUACAACUCAAGAGUGCAUUGACUGAUAACCUUCGUAUCUAUGGUGAUAGAUUCCCUACUUUGGUAAAGAAAAUUCAAGAUAAUUCUCGAAAGUUCUCUGUGCAACCCAUUGGACCACUCGGCACAAUGAUCAAGAUCAACGAUGAAAGAUGGUCAUAUGCUAUAGAGUCGAUCAUUAAAAGAGGUCUACUUGGUAGUUUUUUGGUUGGAAGUUACAAAGAUGGCAACCUCCUCUUUGAAAUGGCCAAGUCGGUUGGUAUUCACAACCUUGACUACACUGUCGUCAAGAUGAACAAUGUUGAACCCUACAAAACAGCCGAACAUGACAGACUCGAUCCAUCAUAUCAUACCGUUCUCCGUGCCAUUCAAUGUGAUAAUGUCAUUGUUAGAAAUUAUCUCAUCGAUACAAGAGGACUUGAAACAUAUGUUUUGGUUAAUAAUGUAGAGGAAGGAAAGAAUAUCAUUUAUGGUCAAAAACCACAUAUUAUCAGGGAGGCCUACACCCCAAUCGCAGAUAGAAUCUUUGGUUCUAGAGACUCUCAAAAAUUGACUACUGGUGACAGUUCUGGUAGAUCACAAAUUCUUCGUGCCAGUGUCGAACAAUUGGUACGCGAACUCGAUGGACAAAUCAAAGGAUACAGACCACAAAUCGACCAAUGUGAAAGAGAAGAAAGAGAUGCCGCUCAAAAGGAUAGUGCAUUCCAACAGGCAUUCAAACAAAAGGAUCAAGAAUACCAAAGAUUGACUCGUGAACUCUACCGUGUCAAGACUGAUCUCAAAACACUCGAAGAACAAUUGGUAGAACCAACCGACGAACCAACCGAUGAACUCGAACAGGGUAUGGAAACGAUCAACAAGGAAAUGGAAGAGAUCCAACAAGAGUUACAAUCAAUCGAACAUGAUCGCCAAAAGUUUGACGAUUCUAAAAGACCGUUUGUCGAACAGAUGCGUCAAAUUGAUCAUGAAGCCGAUAAAAUUCAAAGAAUCGUUGGUAAACUCGACAAUGAGAUCAAGAAUCUCUCUCGUUCGGAGCGUGAUCUUCGUAUGAAAGAAGGUAAAGUCAUUAGCAACGUUGGAGAAUAUGACAAGAAAAAGUUGCAUUUGGAAGACGAACUCACAAACGAUCAACUUCUCCACCAAGAAUCUAUGCAAAAGGCUCAGGAAUUUUGUGAUCGUGUCGAGGUUGCAGCAAAUGAAAACCCUUCUACAUUGUCUCAAAAGAUUCAAAAGACAGAGGAACUCAUUAGAAAAGAGAGCAAGGGUAAAAGAAGUCGUGCAGAGGUUCACGUCCAUUUCAAGGAAUGUCGUGACAAACUGGUAGAGAUUUUAAGAACACGUGAUGAAAUGACAAAAUUCAACAACAAACUAAAGAUUCAUCUCAACUUUCGUCAAAAAAAUUGGGUCAAGUUCCAGAGAAAGAUCUCACUUCGUGUCUCUCAAUACUUUAACAUCUUCCUUUCAAGAAAGGGUUACUCUGGCAAGAUAGAUUUUGAUCACGAGGAUAAAAAACUCGAGGUCAGUGUACAAUUGGAUAAAAUGCGUCCAUCUGAAAAUGUAACAGGCAAAGGUGACACUAAAUCACUGUCGGGUGGUGAACGUUCAUUCUCUACGGUUGCCCUUCUCUUGUCACUUUGGGAAGCUAUGGAAUGUCCCUUUAGAGCUAUGGAUGAAUUUGAUGUUUUCAUGGAUGAAGUCAAUAGACGUAUCAGUAUUGAACUCCUUCUAUCAAAAGCAAGGCAAACUCCAACAAGACAAUUUAUUUUUGUCACUCCUUUAUCUUUAAAUUCAAUUACACCAAGUCCAUUUAUUUAUAUUCAUAGAGUUAGACCUCCACAAAGAGGUCAAAGAACAAUCACUGAAACUUUAAAUAGUUAA